CUCUCUCUCUCUCUCUCUCUCUCUCUCUCUCUCUCUCUCAUUCUGUUUUCGAGAAACAAACAAACCCGCUUCUUCGAACGCAUUAAGAAACUCUCCAAGAAACGAUUCUUUGCUGCUCCUCUCUCUCUCUCUCUCUGUUUUCGAGAAACAGAACCCGCUUCUUCGGACGAUUAAGAAAUCCUUCAGACAACCCGCUGCUCCCCAUCUCGAUUAGGCUACGAUCCCAUUUCCUCUUCCUGCGUUCCUUUUGCAUCUGUCAUCUAGAUGAUGCCCGACGAGAACUUCGCCUCGUCGUUCGCGGCGCGGUGGAUUGAGGGGCCGGGAAAAGUCAGUGGGGGCGGGGGAGACGGCGGCGGCUUUGGUUACUGGCAGCCUCGGACGCAGCAUCUGCCGCAGCAGCAGCAGCAGCAGCAGCAGGAGGGAAGUCCGGCUAUUCCGCCGUACACUGACUUCGACCGGUCUUACUUCCGCGCCUAUUCUGACAUCGCCAUCCACAAAGAGAUGAUCCAGGAUCGUGUGCGCACUGAGACAUACUUAGCUGCUAUCAUGAAAUAUCGACAUUUAAUUUUUGAUAAGGUUGUUUUGGAUGUUGGUUGUGGUACUGGAAUUCUUGCUAUAUUUUGUGCUGCUGCCGGUGCCAAACGGGUGUAUGCAGUAGAUGCAAGUGAAAUUGCAGAACAGGCUAGACAUGUUGUUGAAGAUAACAAUCUAUCUGACAGGGUGACCGUUCUUUUUGGACGAGUUGAGGAUGUCAGCAUUAACGAGAAGGUUGACAUCAUAAUAUCUGAAUGGAUGGGUUACAUGCUCCUACAUGAGAAUAUGUUGCCCAGUAUCAUCUUUUCCAGGGACAAAUGGCUUAAACCAGGAGGGCUUAUUCUUCCCUCACAUGCUUCGCUCUUUAUGGCACCAGUUACUUAUGCUGAUAGAUACCAUGAAAGGAUUGGUUUCUGGCGUGAUGUUCAUGGGAUCAAAAUGUCUGCUAUGCUGCAGCUCGCAAAACACUCUUCUCACAGAGAGCCACACAUUGAAAUAAUUCCAAGAGAAAAUGUUGUGACACGUCCGAUACUUGUUAAGGAUGUGGAUUGCUACACUGUCACAAUUCAAGAGCUUGAAUCUGUAACUACAAGAUUUUGUGUUACAUCAACCUUGCGAGCUCCGCUGCAUGGAUUUGCAUUUUGGUUCGAUGCCGCCUUUGGAGGACCUGCAGUGUAUCCUUCCGAGCAACACCUACAACUUCCCCUGAUGGGUCCAGUUGACAAAAUAUCACGAGUUUUGUGCCAUAAAAAGCAGGAAAUGGGAUCUGAUGCUGAAAUUAUGCUUUCCACUGCACCUGGAAAACCUCCAACUCACUGGAAGCAGACCAUGCUGUACUUGUAUGAUCCCAUGACGUUGAACAAAGGUCAGAAGAUAGCCGGUUGUGUUACAGUGUCGCAGAGCAAGGAGAACCGGCGGUUCUUAGAUAUUCACCUGGAAUUCUCCGUGGGAGGACGAACUCGGGUCAAAGUGGCUGAAAUGCGAUGAUACGGUUCAAUUUUUGGUCCAAGGUUCCACAUUAUAAUAUUCCUCUGGACCCUCACGAAAACCUCUUUCUGUAUCUUCGUGGGGCUGAAGGACUAAACAAUGGCCAUAAGGUUGCACCUCUUGUAGUUCAGACAUACAUAAUAACCCAUACAAUGUUGCAGUUAGGUGAUUUGUGUUGA